UCUUUUCCAGACAACAAAGCAAAAGCAAAAGCAAAAGCAAAAAAUAAAACCCUCGUCAUUUCCCUCUCAUCAUCUGCUCCUUGAUUUUCUUCGCUUCUGAGUUCUGCCCAGAAAUCAUCUGCAGAAAAAAAUGAACUUGGGCAACCCCAAUAACCCAAGUGCUCCCUCACCACCACCUCAACUCAACCUCCAACAAGCCUUCACCUCCCUCCAAAACCACUGCUCUGGUUUCCUCCACCACCUCUCUCAUCUCCCUCUCUUCAACCCCAACCCUUCUUCUCUCCAAACCCACCUCCAAUCAACUCUCUCCAACCUCCAAAACCAAGCCAAAAACGCAUUCCAUGCCGGGUUUUCGGGCUUUGAUUCCUCCAAGCAGAACCCAGUUUGGGCUCGAAUUGCUGUAAACAACAAAACCCAGUUCCCGAAUUCUAGUGGCGAUGGGCCCGGAGCUGCCAUGUCGACCGAGGCCAUCGAGGAGCGGCUGGCCGGCGUGCCGGUUUAUGCUCUGAGCAAUGCGGCUGAGGAAUUCGUGUUGGUUUCGGGUGCUUCGAGCGGGAAGAGUCUUGGGUUGUUUUGUUUCAAGAAGGAGGACGCGGAGUCACUGCUUGAGCAUAUUAGAGUUAUGGACCCCGGAAUGCGAAGCGGGUCCAAAGUUGUGGCUGUGGCUUUGAAUAAGGUUUUCCAGCUCAAGGUUGAUGGGGUGGCCUUCAGGUUGGUUCCUGAGUCUUCUCAAGUCAAGAAUGCGCUUAAGGAGAAGGAGAAGGAGAAGGGUGGAUCUUCUGAUAAUGGCUUUUUUGGGGUGCCAGUUUUCCAGUCGAGGAGCUUGAUUCUAAGAAGCCAAAGCAAGAGCUAUCGUCCAGUAUUCUUCAGGAAGGAGGAUUUAGAAAACUCACUAUCAAGAGCUUCUCGUGAGCAGAAUCAAUUAAAUCCCUUACUUAGACCAGGGGACAUUCAGGUGGCUGUUCUCGAGGAUGUAAUAAAGGGGAUGAAGGAGGGUUCUACAUCGGUCUGGGAUGAUGUUGUUUUUAUCCCUCCUGGAUUUGAUAUCUCUACUGAUCCCACCAAGCAAUAGGCAGAUGCUGCAAAAUAGCAGGCAUUGUCCUCAUUGGCAUGAACAUCAUUCCAAUACAAACUACAACCUGUUUGUUUAUAUUAUUGGCAUUAGCUGGUAGCUAACGUGCAAAAGACUUACUAUAGUAGGGAUUUGAGUUCCAAGCUUGUAGCUAUAAGUACUUGCCAUUUGUGUACUUGCCUGCUUGGCUUUCAAGUAAUUUGAAAUAGGUUGAUUCUCUAGGA